AAUUACAUCACCGACGGUCAUAAAACGGCAGAGCAGCUCCUAACAAAGACAACCUCUGACAGGCUGCUUCCCACCGCACGAGCUGAGCGGAGCGCGAGCCGGAGGACACGAGCUGCACUCAUGGACAUACUCGCGUACAAAGAGAUGAAGAAGCCGCGGACGCUGUGCUGCAGCAUUAAGCUGUUUGUACUCUGUCACGGCCUCCUGCAGUUCUCCCAGCUGCUGUACAGCUCCUACUUCAAGAGCACCAUCAGCACAAUCGAGAGACGCUACGGCCUCAGCAGCUACUCCUCAGGAACUAUUUCCUCUCUCCAUGAGAUCAGUAACAGUGUGCUGAUCGUGUUCGUGAGCUACUUUGGAAACCGGGUCCACCGGCCUCGCGUCAUCGGAAUCGGAGGACUCCUGAUGGCCGUCAGCGCCAUGAUCCUGGCCUUACCUCACUUCGUGUCCCAGCCCUACGAGUUCGACUCUGUUUUGCACAACCACCAAGACAUCUGCACCCUGCAGAGAAACUCCAGCGAACAGGAGUCAUGUGGCCGCGACGAGACGAGGCGUCUGACCGACACCAACAACCUGUGGCUGCUGAUGGGCAGCGCUCAGCUGCUGUUCGGCGUGGGCUCGGUGCCCAUCCAGCCGUUUGGGAUUUCGUACAUAGACGAUUUUGCUGGACCUGCAAACUCCCCUCUUUACAUAGCCAUCCUGUUUGCAGUGUCUGUAUUUGGGCCUGCCAUUGGAUACCUGAUGGGCUCAGUCAUGCUGCGGAUCUAUGUGGACGUGGACAAAAUUGGUUUAGGAGCUGAACAGGAGCUGAGACAGAGCGAUCCCCGCUGGGUCGGGGCCUGGUGGAUGGGGCUGCUCAUCACCUCCGGCUGCCUGUUUCUCACCUCCAUCCCUUACUUCUUCUUCCCUCGGAAAAUGCCCUCAGAGCAUAAUGUGAUUGGAAGUGAAAGUGACAUAAAUGAUGACUUUAACAGGCGGGAUGUCUCUUUACUUGAUUUCCUGAAAAUGUUUCCCAGGAUGUUUGUCCACCUCCUGUUGAGUCCUCUCUUCCUGAUGCUCGUCCUGGCUCAGUGCUGCUUCUCCUCGGUGAUCGCAGGUCUCGCUACGUUCCUCAACAAGUUUCUGGAGCGACAGUACAGCGCCUCGCCUGCCUACGGCAGCCUGCUAGUAGGUGCUGUGAAUCUGCCUGCGGUCGCCGUGGGGAUGCUGAUCGGCGGCGUCAUCAUGAAGAGGGCGAGUCUCUCUCUGAAGACCAUCCCACGCUUCUCCGUGGCCAUGCUGACCGUGUCCACCCUCCUCUGUAUCCCGCUCUUCUUCAUGGGCUGUCCCACGCAGAAAGUCUCCGAGCUCAAUCAUUACCAGAUGGGACAGUUUGGGAGUCUCUCGCUCGGGUGCUCCUCUAACUGCUCGUGUCCUGCCGGUGCCUUUAACCCCGUGUGCGGCUCUGACGGUGUCGAGUAUAUCUCUCCCUGCCAUGCGGGCUGCACCAACUUCACCAAAGACCCCAACAACACCCACAGGGUUCAGCUUUAUACUCACUGCCGGUGUAUAUCUGGGAGUCAGGGUACUGCCCGUCCAACUCCCUGUUCAAACAGCUGCCCACAUUUUCUUCUCCCCGCCAUUCUUGUCAUCUCUCUGGCGGCGCUGAUCGCCUGCCUCACCCACAACCCCAUGUACAUGAUGGUGCUCAGAUGUGUUCCCGCUGAAGAGAAGUCGUUUGCUAUAGGAAUUCAGUUUUUACUCAUGAGAGUAUUAGCCUGGCUUCCUGCUCCGGCUCUCUUCGGGAUGGCCAUUGAUACAUCAUGUAUCUGGUGGAGACAUGUGUGCGGAAAAAAGUAUAGCUGUGGUUACUAUGACAACAACAUCUUGAGGAACCGGUUCCUGGGCUUACAGGUGGGUUAUAAGGUCAUGGGUAUCGUCCUCCUGAUGAUGCUGGGGUGGAAGGUGAAGCGGACCCAGGAGUACAGUCUGGAGAAGAGGCCUGAAGGACUGCUGUGACCCCGCUGAGCGUCCCUGUCUACCCGAACCUCUCUGUCUCCGAAACAGUCGAAGAACGGUGAGCAGAACAGAGCCGUAGCCAAGAAAGGCCGUCACUGACCUCAAUUUCUGCAGGCCCGCCUCCAUACCUGGUGCUUCACUGGCUGCAGUGAGGACGUACAUUUUCCAAAAGAGAAAAUGUCUGAUUUUUACGGCUGCUUUAGAGCGUAUGAUUGGACUUAUUCUGGCACUGUGACCCACUUAAUACAAGUUAAGAGAGGAUUGCUUAAACACGUCUCUUGUAUGGAGAAUGAAAAAUGACUAAAGUAUUGAUAAAUAAAUUUAUGAAUAAAUAAAUACUGGAAUCCAUUAAUAGAAAUAAAUAA